AUGGUUGUACUGACAGUGUUGCUUCUGCUUAUUCCGCUGAGUCAUCCUGUCUGCAAUGACCAUGCUGUUAUUUGUACUACAUACAAAGACCUCCUUCCUAUUUCUCAUGAAUUUUAUCAGCCAGGAGACUUUGAAAUUGGGCAAAUUGUCUCUCAUAUUUUCUUCAUUCAUGACUCUCCCUCUUUCCUGGAACAGCCCAAAGAAAUGUUGAUUACAGAACUUGUUUCAAUUCCAAAGUACUACCAAUUCCUCUUAGUGCUGGUGUUUGCAGUUAGAGAAAUCAACAGAAAUCCUCAUAUCUUACCAAAUGCUUCUUUGGGUUUCCAUAUCUUGAACAGCUACUUCCUUAAAAAGAUUAUUUAUAAAAAUACUCUGAACCUCCUUUCUACACAACAGAAGUUUCUUCCUAACUUCAACUGUGAUGCCAAAACUCAUCUUAUAACUGUUAUUGGAGGAACUGUCUCUGAAACAUCAGUCAAUAUAGCCACCAUUUUAGGCAUCUACAAAGUUCCCCAGCUGCAUCACUUCCUAAGGGCCAUGUCUUUCAACAACAGCGCUGGAGACACCAUACGUUUUAAAGAAAAUGGAGAAUUAGUGGAAGGUUAUGAUGUUCUAAACUGGGUAAUUUUCCCAAAUGGCUCUUUGAUUAGAGUAAAAGUGGGAGGAUUGGAUCCUCAGGCCCCUCAUGGCCAAGAGUUAACCCUUAGUGAUGAUCAAAUUGUGUGGCACAGAGACUUUAAGCAGGUGCUGCCCAUUUCUGUGUGCAAUGACCAGUGCUAUCCUGGCUAUAUCAGGAAGAAGAAGGAGAAAGAGACAUUUUGCUGCUAUGAUUGUGCGUCAUGUCCAGAAGGGAUGAUCUCUGAGCAGAAUGACAUGGAUGCUUGUGUCAAAUGUCCAGAAGAUCUCUACCCCAACAAGUAUCAUAAUCAGUGUAUUCCUAAGGAUGUAAAUUUCCUCUCCUAUAAAGAACUAUUAGGGAUCAUCUUAGCUGCAUCAGCUAUCUGUUUCUCUAUGAUCACAGCUUUGGUGCUUCGAGCCUUUAUUAAGCACCAGAACACUCCCAUUGUAAAAGCCAACAACCGGAGCCUGACCUACAUUCUCCUAAUUACCCUCCUGCUUUGCUUCCUCUGCUCCUUGCUCUUCAUUGGACAGCCUAGAAAAGUGACUUGCCUUCUACGACAAACUGGUUUUGGAAUCAUCUUCUCUGUGGCCCUUUCCAGCGUGUUGGCCAAAACCUUCACUGUGGUUCUGGCCUUCAUGGCUACUCAACCAGGAUCUAGGAUGAGGAAAUGGGUGGGGAAAAGAAUGGCCAAUUUUAUUGUUUUUUCCUGUUCCUUUGUUCAAUCAAGUAUUUGUGCUCUUUGGUUAAGUACUUCCCCUCCUUUCCCAGAUACAGACAUGCACUCAGUCAAUGGGCAGAUCAUCCUGGAAUGUAAUGAGGGCUCAGCCACCAUGUUUUACUGUGUCCUGGGCUAUAUGGGCUUUCUGGCCAUUGUCAGCUUCACUGUUGCUUUCCUUGCCAGGAAGUUACCUGACAGUUUCAAUGAAGCCAAGUUUAUCACCUUCAGCAUGUUGGUCUUUUGCAGUGUUUGGCUGUCCUUUGUUCCAACCUAUUUGACUACCAAAGGGAAAUCCAUGGUGGCUGUGGAGAUCUUCUCCAUCUUAGCGUCCACUUCUGGCUUACUGGGAUGCAUAUUUUUCCCUAAAUGCUAUAUCAUUAUUCUGAGGCCUGAGAUGAACAUCAGAGAGCAAUUAAUAAAGCGAAAUUCAUUUCCAAAGAUCUACCAAUUCCUCCUGGCGUUGGUCUUUGCAGUUAGAGAGAUCAACGGAAAUCCUGGUAUCUUACCAAAUGCUUCUUUGGGUUUCCAUAUCUUGAACAGCUACUACCUUAAAAAGAUUAUUUAUAAAAAUACCUUGAACCUGCUUGCCACACAACAGAGGUUUCUUCCUAAUUUCAACUGUGAUGCCAAAAAUCACCUUAUGACCGUUAUUGGAGGAUUUGUCUCUGAAACAUCAGUUGAUAUCGCCACUAUUUUAGGCAUCUACAAAGUUCCCCAGGGCCUGAGCAGGCAAGACGCCCGGCGCCCUCGGAGCCCCGUCGAGCCGCGCAGCGCAGCGCAACUCUUGCCGGGGGCCGGGCGGACGCAAAACGCCCCUCGCCCUCCGAGCCGUGCAGCGCCUCCCUCGGCUGAGCCCGAGCAGGCGAAGCGCCUGUCCCCCUCGGAGCCGCGCAGCGCAGCGCUGCUCUUGCCGGGGGCUGGGCGGAGGCAAAACGCCCCUCGCCCUGCGAGCCGCUCUCGGUGGGGCCUGAGCAGGCAAGACGCUCGGCGCCCUCGGAGCCCCACCGAGCCGCACAGCGUAGCGCUACUCUUGCCGGGGGCCGGGCGAAGGCGUAACGCCCCUGACCUCCUAGCCCUGCCGCGCCGCAGUCAGCGGGCCCCGGACGAGUGA